AUGUACGCUUAUGACGGACAGCCCACCGACGCUGCACUCAAUAACAAUAGCCAGAGUCAUCCGAGUCUGGCAGCUAGUCAUUCCAGCUAUCCCCAGGCCACUGGCUUUGAUUUGGACUACCAGCAGCCCCACCAUAACUCGUCCCACUUUGUGAAUGUGCCCGGGCCAGUGAGCCAGAGCUCUGACCUGGGUGACCAGACAUUAGCAUCGUUUCCCUAUACACCACUUUCUUUCCCCGGCCAUGCCUCCCACUCUGCAAAUACUUUUCCAGACCCCCACUUCAUCGAUUUACCCACAAACCUUCGCGAUCGUCAUGAUCUCGUCAUGCCUGGCGCUGAUGAAGAUCCAUCAAUGUCAUUCGUCGAUGACCCAUUCCAGUUCACCCUCGAUCCACAUGUAGGGUAUCACCUGGUGUACAACCCUUCUGCUAUCCCUUACCAGGGAUCUGGGCUAUCGCACCCAUCUCCUUCUCAGUACUUUCCUGUAUUCCCUCCGCCCAUCGUGUCUGUUGAUGGAAUAUCCACUUUAGUGCCAGGCUCAGAGGAUAUUGGGCCUCUUGGAGAGCUGCUACAUCUGGAUGAGCCGUUGUCCCUUGGAGACUCGUUUCACAUCAGGAAGCCUUCGCCUCCCCCUCCAUGUCCAUCUGGAUCACACAAUCGUCAACCACCGGAAAAACCGUUUGAAAUCAAAUUUUGGCCAUACCCUACAUGCCCAUUCUUGACUGAGCAAGAAAGAAAAACGGCAGCUCAUGAGGCGUUGGUUUCGGCAGCAAGUGUAUAUGAUGAAGAGUACGGGAGUCGAUGGGGUGCAGAAAACCUCACUGUGUUCUACAAAUCGUUCACAAUGCCGCCGUCCACAGAUAUCAUGUCAACAUGCAAGAAAAGCGCCCAUGGCAUGGCCAAAAUCGGGUACGAUCUUCACUCAUCAAUCUGGUCGGAGGAUCACGAACCACAGUAUCUGAUUGAUAUGGUGAAGGACCUCAUCAACAAUCCUUUAUUCCCCCUCAAAUUCAUAUUCGGGAAUGACUCGGGUAAUCACCAAGUUGACAAGAUGCACCCAUUCGAACAUCACAUCAUACGCACGGUCGUUAUCAACACCAUUUUGAAACUUGGCUACGUACCUUACAUUACUGAACUUGAUGCUUUGUUUUGUACAGCUGCAGCGGCUGUGGAGUGUGCUCUACAGGAGCUAGCAAGCGGACAGCUAAACACAUCCAUUGACUUUGGGGUAUCUAAUUUCAAACCUAGGUAUACAUUACUAUCGGAGUAUAUUCACAACCACAUCAAAACCAACCCAGAGAGCUCUGCGCGUUGGGAAGAGUUCAAAAACCGCAUUCGUGCCAGAUUGGUAGACAUAACUGCAUACCAUGCUUGA